AUUACAAAACAGUGAAACAGAGAAAGUGAAAUAGCAAGUUUCAAUAGGCUAUUCUUUUAGUUGAUCAGUUGCAAUGUCUUUCUGCUUAUGGAAUUCAGGGGAACACUACAAAGAUCAUUUUGAACAGGGUAUUUAUGUUUGUUCAAGUUGCGGUAAUGAAUUAUUUCACAGUCACUCUAAAUAUGAGCAUUCUUCUCCCUGGCCAGCAUUUAAUGAGUUAAUAAGAGAGGACAGUGUUAGUAGAAAAGCUGAAUCAAAGACAGCAAUUAAAAUUCAUUGUGGUAAAUGUGGAAAUGGACUUGGACAUGAAUUCUUGAAUGAUGGUGAGAAAGAAGGACAGUCAAGGUUUUGAAUAUUCAGUUCCUCACUGAAAUUUGUACCAAAUGAAAAGAGAGCAAAGUAAUGAAGACACCAAAUGGCUGAGUCACCUAUUGUAUCAUUUAAUCAGGAGUCAUUAAAGCACUAUUUUGUAAGCCCCUUAAAGCAGUCUGCAACCAUGUGAUAUAAAACAAAACAUUGUAAUGCCAUGUGGCCUUUAACAAAAUGCCAAGGGCACCAAGUAAUUCACACAAAGAGUUUAAAUAUUAUGUAUAGAACAAAUUUAGUAAAUCAAGGGCCACCAUACACAAGUUUAAUAAUUGAAAUUGUUAUCAUUUGGCACUUAUUUCUCUUUGACUUGAUUGACAAAUCAAAUGGAUGAAAAAUUUAUGUCAUUUUUAAUGAUAAAAACAAUUGAUUAUUUUCUAUAUCAAAUAAAUUAUGAUAUUAAAUGAUUAUAUUUAAUGUCCUGUCCCUAACUAUCAUAAAUCAUAUAUUGACUCAGCCAUCUCUCAUUGCCAAGAGUCAGCUGAUAAGGAAACUUCUCAUCAAACUUUUGACUAACAGAUUAAGAAAAUAACCCAUUUCCAAAAUGAUAAAAAGAUUUCUCCUCCAUGAAUUUUGUACCUUCUUUUUGCAACUACAAAGAAAAAAUCUACCACAAAUUAAAACUACUGCCAAUCUUAAUUUUACUGAUCUUAAAGGAAAAACCUGUUAUAAAAUUUGUUUUGAUGUUUCCUGUCAAAUAUAACUCUUGAAGAGAGUAAAAAUCAUUUCUGAAGAAUUUUAUCAGAUAUUUUCAGAUAAAAUGAAAUUAAUCGACCAAAGCCCCAUGAGGAAAGUUGACGGAUGGAUGAUAACUCUGAUAGAUUUGAUGGAAAUUUUCUUUAAUGAUUUUGCCUCUUUCAUCUUAAUAUUAUCAUUGUUAGAUAUUACCUCACAGGUGCUUGAACAUAUAGUAUAGCCCAUCUAACCAUAUUUGAAAUCAUUAUAGGAUUAAUUUUGUGUGGUUUAAUUUAAAUUGAUUACUAAUCAGUAAUUGUUACAGACCUUAUCAGUUUCAACCAGGCCCAAUUAUUGUUUAAGUUUGUAAAGGUAGAG